GGCGAUAGCACCAUCACUACCAAAGAUCUUUGGACCUUCAUGCACCCGCUAGGCCAAAACCCAAUCGAAGCUAAGCUGCAGGACAUGCUCAACGAGGCCGACGAGAACGGCAACGGCACAAUUGAUUCCAACGAGCUCCUAUCGAUAACACAGCGCAAUAUGUGCGACAUGGACUCGGAAGAGGCGACCAGAAACAUUUUCAAAGGUUUUGAUAGUGACGGU